AUGCUCAACCCAUCAUCACCUAAUAGUUCGAAUAGCCCUACAGCCUUCACGACCAUGGUGGCCUCGAUGAAGGAAACUUUUCAAAGCGGAGUGAGUAGGAAACGAGAGUGGAGAGUUGAUCAAUUGAAGAGAAUGAUCGCCAUGUUUGAAGAGAAUCGUUCCGAAUGGGAACUUGCUCAAGAGAAGGAUUUGGCUCAAACUCAACCCUUGAAGACAACUGAAGUGAAUAUGCCAAUUCAUUCAGCACAUUAUUUGUUGGAUAAUUUGAACCGAUUGAUGGCCACUGAGAGUGUACCGAUCACCAAUACGGGAAAUAUUCCUGCGGAAGGAUUUAUUGUCAAGGAACCUCUAGGUGUUGUUUUGAUCAUUGGAGCUUGGAAUUAUCCAAUCAGUUUGAUGGGUAUUCCAUUUGCUGGAGCUUUAGCCGCAGGUAAUUUGGUGAUUUUGAAACCCUCUGAAGUGUCUCCAAAUUGCAGUGCCUUGUUUGCAAAACUCGUUCCAAAAUAUUUUGAUGAAAAGUAUGUUCGUUGUGUGGAAGGAGAUGCAUCUGUCUCGACGGAAUUGCUGAAGGAACCCUAUGAUCACAUCUUCUACACAGGCAGUAUUCGUGUUGGUAAGAUUAUUAUGCGAGCUGCUUCUGAACACUUGACUCCUGUCACAUUGGAAUUGGGAGGCAAGUCACCAUUGAUCCUUGACUCGGAUAUUGAUUGUACUGUGGCUGCCAACAGAAUUACAUGGGGUAAAACAUUUAACUGUGGCCAAACAUGUGUAGCUCCUGAUUAUAUUUUGUUGGACAGUGCAGUGGCAGAUAAAUUCAUUCCCGCUUUGGAAAAGGCAAUUACUCAAAUGUACGGAGAAGAUGCUUCCAAGAGCCCAGAUUACUCCAGAAUUGUGUCGGUGAAUCACACGAAACGUCUCAAGGGAAUGAUUGAUCAAGUGAAAGACAAGGUCAUUUAUGGUGGUAAUGUUGACGAAAACGCAAAAUAUGUGCAACCAACUCUCGUGCUUAAUCCAGACCUCGACAAUGAUCUCGUCAUGCAAGAAGAAAUUUUUGGUCCAAUCAUGCCAAUUAUCAUUUAUGGAGAAAAAAAGAGUGACAAAUAUCCAAGCAAAUUGGCAAAUCUUGAUGCUGCCCUCAAAUUUAUUAACUCGAGAUCAAAGCCUCUUGCAUUAUACAUUUACACCAAAAACCAAGCUCUCGUCGAAAAGAUUAUGCAUAUUACGCAAAGUGGUGCAGUAGGCAUCAAUGAAUGUGUGAUGCAAGUAGCUGAAGAGUUGCUGCCUUUCGGAGGAGUGGGAUAUUCAGGAAUGGGUGCAUAUCACGGAGACUCGUCAUUCUACACUUUCACACACAAAAAGUCUGUGCUCAAGAAGAAAUACUGGCUCGAUUUGGAUUUGCGUUAUCCACCACUCACGGAAACCAAAAAGAAGCUUCUUAUUACUGCUCUCUCUGAUAACUUUCUGACAAGAUACAUUAUGCCAGUAGGAGGAUGGCUCUUGAGCAUUGUUAAUAAGUGUCUCAAAUAA